AUGUCAAAAAGUUUAAAUUUUCAGACCAGAUGUGUUCAAGCUGGACAGGAAGACCCAGAAUCUGCUAACAGAGCCAGAGCCGUUCCUAUCUAUGCCACUUCUUCUUAUGUGUUUAAAGAUUCUCAGAAUGGUGCCGAUUUAUUCGGAUUGAGAGUUCCAGGAUUCAUUUAUGCAAGAAUUAACAAUCCAACCACUGAUAUCUUUGAAAAGAGAAUGAGUUCCUUGGAAAAUGGAUCUCAAGCUGUGGCUACCUCUUCCGGUGUCUCUGCUCAGACCUUGGCUGUUUUGGCAUGUGCCCAGAGUGGUGAUAAUAUUAUCUCUUCAAGUUAUUUGUAUGGAGGUACAUUCAACGCCUUCAAAAACUUCAAGAAGUGGUUCAACAUUACUGCUAAAUUUGCCGAUGGUGAUGACUUAGAUUCGAUGAAGAAACUAGUGGAUGAAAAGACCAAGGCAAUUUACUUGGAGUCAAUUGGCAAUCCUAAGUACAACGUUCCUGAUUUCAAGGCAGUUAUUGAUUGGGCUCACUCUGAAGGUAUACCAGUGAUUGUCGAUAAUACUUUCGGUGCUGGUGGUUACUACUGUACACCAUUGGAUUUGGGCGCUGAUGUUGUGACCCAUUCUGCUACCAAGUGGAUCGACGGUCACGGUACUGCCAUCGGAGGUAUUGUCAUUUACAAGGAUGUUAAUAAGGACAAUGGCUUCAAGUUCUCGGAUUACCCUGAGAGGUAUCCCCAGUUCUCAGAGCCAUCUACUGGUUACCACGGCGAGAUCAUGAAUGAGAAAUUCGGUGACUUGGCUUACAUUGCGUACGUUAGAGUUGAAUUGAUGAGAGAUUUGGGACCUACAUUGUCUCCAUUUGCUGCUUUCCUUAUGUUGAAUGGCUUGGAAACAUUGGCUUUGAGAGGCAGUAAGCAUGCUGAGAAUGCUCUUGCGUUGGCCAAGUGGUUGAAGAAGUCGCCCUAUGUGGCGUGGGUUUCCUAUCCUGGCUUGGAUGACCAUCCUUACCACGAGAACGCUGAGAAGUAUCUCCACAACGGUUACGGUGCCGUUCUGUCAUUCGGUGUCAAAUCAGUGGCCAAUCCAUCGGGAGACCAGUUCAAAGAGAGUGGACCUAGAGUGGUCGAUCACUUGAAGAUCUGGAGUAACUUGGCCAACGUUGGUGACUCUAAAUCGUUGAUUAUCAACCCAUGGACUACUACUCAUGAGCAGUUGAGUUCAGAGGAGAAGAUCGCAUCUGGUGUUACUCAGGAUUUGUUGAGAUGCUCUGUGGGAAUUGAGAAUGUCAAUGAUUUGAUCGGUGAUUUGGAGCAGGCCUUCCAUGCCGUCUUUGAUGAGGGUAAAUAA